CCUCCCACUUUCCCAGUCUCUCAGUCAGUAACAAUAACACACCGGCUGAUGUCGGCACAAAGCAAAGUCUCUCCAACAGACACACACAGACACACGCUCUCCUCCGCGUACACUCACACACCGACGCUCUGUUAAGACUGCUUCCUUUGGGCUGCAUGCACACCUGAGAGAAACUUGAAGAGACUGGAAGAGAGGCGAGCGGAGAGGAGAGGCCAGAAGAGAAGAGAGCAGAUAGAUAAAAGAGAAGAGGAGAGAGGAAAAGUGGAGAGACCAUUUGGGGACACUGUAUUGAGGCUUGCAGCCCGAGGACCUUUGUUCUGUCGCCCCCUGCUGUCAGUUAACAAGCAGGACCAACGGUUUGCCCCCCGCUGCAUAAGACCCACCCACACCCCACCCAGUGUGAGGCUGUGCUUGUGUGUGUGUGUGUGUGUGUUCUUUGACCCCGAGGUCACCAUGUUCUGGACUGUGGUCUUUGCGCUGCUGUUUCUCCUGCUGGAGACUCAGCUGUGUCUGUGCUUGCGGGAGUUACGCAACGGUGGUUCCAGAUCCACCAACUUCAUGACAUCACUUUUUUCUUUUAAAUCAUCGUCAUCAUCGUCAUCUUCCUCGUCAUCCUCCUCUUCCUCCAACCACACCCAGCAGCGCCUGCCGGGCGCUAUAAUCAUCGGCGUGCGUAAGGGCGGCACCAGAGCUUUGUUGGAGAUGCUGAACCUGCACCCAGAUGUGGACGUGGCGAAGGCUGAGGUGCAUUACUUCAACGUGGAAGAGCAUUACCAGCAGGGGCUGGACUGGUACCGUGCCCAGAUGCCCUUCACCCAGGCGGGCCAGCUCACAGUGGAGAAGACCCCGGGCUACUUCGCCUCGCCCCAGGUCCCAGUGCGGGUUUGGGACAUGAACCCGGCGGUGCGCCUGCUGCUCAUCGUCCGCGACCCCGCCGAGAGGCUGGUCUCCGACUACACCCAGGUCCGCCACAACCGCCUGGAGCGCCACAAGCCCUACCAGGCCCUGGAGGAGAUGCUGCUCCACCAAGGAGACAUCAACUCAGAGUACAAAGCACUGCAGAGGAGCCUGUACCACCAGCACCUGGCCCGCUGGCUCGAGGUGUUCCCCAGGGAACAGAUCCACAUCGUGGACGGCGACGCGCUGAUCCGAGACCCCUACCCCGAGCUACAGAAGGCCGAGCGGUUCCUGGGCCUUCCGGCCAGAAUCAGCCCCAGCAACUUCUACUACAACAGCACCAAGGGGUUCUACUGCCUGCUGUCCGCGGGUCACGACAAGUGCCUGGAUGAGUCAAAAGGCAGGCCACAUGCACCGCUCAGCGCGGAGGCCUUCAGGAAGCUCUGUCACUACUUCAGGAAGCCCAACAGGGUGUUCUUCGGCAUGGUAGGGAGGUCCUUCUCCUGGUGCUGACCAAUCAUUCACAGAAUGUUGCGCGGUGAAUGCAAUCUUCCCUAGACAAUGUUGAACGCAGGGUUGAGGGCCGGCAAGCAGAUGUUAUACUGAGCCACAGCACACUGGGUCUAUAAGAGGUGGUAGGUUAACAGAGAAUGGACGAAAGACCAACAGAACAACUGAUGACAACAUUGUCUCUGAAGAGAGGUUGUUCAAUUCAGAAAGAUGGAUUGAUAACUUUGUAUGUGUUUUCAAUUAAUUGCUUAGAUCGUCUGAAAUUAGGAUGCUUUUUUUCUGAUCCAAAAAUAAUAAAUAUUGUCAUAAUGCGAGUUUGUCAGAACAACAUUUAGGAAACCGAAAAAGACCAUGGACAGAAAGAGGACUGUCAGAUGCACUGAUUUAACAUUGUUGAAAUGGUGACUUGUUGAAUAGAGGUUAUACUAUUUGCUCUGGUAUAAGCUUGAUGCCACAUAAAACACCAACCUCUGUGAACAUUAUGAUAAAUACAAUAGUUGAAAACUAAACCAGCUUUUUAAGUUAUUACCUUAACAGUAGAGUUAUGUAUGACAUCAAUAUUUUUCAUGCUAUGUUGACUUUAUGUUUUACUACUUCGCUGAUGUUUUUUUCUAUUUUUAGACAGCGUGAAAAUAAUACUAGCUAAUUAGUUAGGCACUUUUUUACAUUUGCUUGAAAUCAUGUGUAAAUAAAUCGAUGUAUGUUUUCUAAGAUGUUGUUAAUAAAUGUUUUUCAACUAAACAA